CAAAAACUUUUCGUGGCAAUCAUGUUAUCCCGAAACCAGAAGGAAAAGUUAAGUUGAGAGUAUGACUGAGAAGUGUUCGACGUAUUGUUUUUUCGGCAGGUGAAACAUUUUGACAGAAAAUACAGCUACUUACAAUUUAAAGAAAAAAUGGAAAAAGAAGGUUAUGAACCUUUAAACGAAAAGGAUAAUUAAGCCGUUUUUUUUGUUGCAAAAAUAGUGUAUUAGAAAAUUGAAAAUUAAACAUAUUAGACCACAAUAUGGCUGAUGAAAGAUUAAAUAAAAUUAGUUUAGAAAUCCUUGAAAAUAUCCUUCAAAAUAAUAUUUCAAACUUAAAUGAUAUAAACAAUUUGUUGAAAACAUUAGUGAAUCAACAUAAGGAAUUAUUUCCUGCAAAUAAUUAUAUUUGUAAAAAUGCUUUAAAAAACAUCCAUCAUCAACUUAUAAAUGUUGUUGCUUUUAAAAGUUGUCCACCUGAUUAUCAACAAGUAAUUCCACAAAUUCUUUAUCAAACACUUUACUUAAUUUAUCAAGCGGACUCAAUAGUUAAAUUGAAUGUACCCAAUGAAAAAGUGGAUUUAUUUAAUGUUUUUGUUACUGUUUACAAUGUAGAUGUACAUUAUCCUCACAAUAUUAACUUUUGUUGUAUGGAUAAACAUUUUCUACUUCCUUCUAAAAACUAUAGUCAAUAUUGUUUGCAAGUACAUAUUGGUGCUAUAAAAUGCCUAUGUUCAAAAAAUCAAUUAAAUUAUAUUGUCAACACUUUUGAAGAUGUAUGCGUUCUAUGCUAUAGUAAUCCUGAUAUAACAUUAGAUGCUUUAAAACAUUUAACAGAAUGUGUAUCUAUUAUAACAAAGGAACAAUGGAAAAAGCUGUCACAUCAUGUUUUCAGAGUUCUUAUGGGUCUCAUGACACAUCAUUUACCUACAAUUCAUGAACAAUGUAUUUUAUUAUUUAAACAAUGCAUUUAUCUAGAAGAUAUAAAUUACUUAAUGAACAUUAUAAUGUCAGAUAUAUCAUGGUCACUAAGAAUUAAAUAUUACAUGUUAGCUGAGAUAGCUCCAGUUUACGGUAUUAAAAAGAUUUUAAAUACAUAUAAAGAAUUGCCAGUAUCAUUAUGGAAAUGUUUGAAUGAACCUUUUUUACUAUCACCAUGCAUUAGUUUAUAUAAGGUAUUUAUUAAGUAUUUAAAUGAAGAAGAUUUUUCAACAAUGAUGAUUUUGCCAAUUUUGAAUUUAAUUUUAAAUAAAAACAUAACCGAAUUAGCAAAGUUUAAUUUUGUAACAUAUUUAUUACCUGAAAUGAAAUUAAAACACUUAGACAGCUUACUGUUGUUGUAUAAAGAGAUUUCUAAUGAGCCAAAACCAGAUUUGUAUCUUCAAAUAUCUAUAAUAAAAAGUGUACAAGCUCAAAAAGUUAAUAUUGAUAACCUCAAUAAAAUAUUAAACAUUUCAUUGUACUCAAGCAACACUAAAGUAAGAGCUGAAGCUUUUACCAUUUUGUGCAACUCAAAGAUAUCACCCCAAGUAUUGGAACAGAUUUAUGAAUUUAUUAAUGAUAAUUUAAAUAGUGAUUGCUCAAACUUACGAAAUAAACUAAUUUCUGGAAUAGAAUGUCUAUUACGUACAAGUAAAAAGCCAUGUGAUCUAAUGAUACAGUUAAUCAAUCGUAUUCAUGCACUGAUUAUUAAUAAUUUGAAAUGUGGUUUAAAUUAUCAAAGAAAGAUAACAUCUUUAAAAAUGUAUUCAGUCAUUCUCAAGCAUUAUAGAAGUCAAAAUUUUAUGACUCCAAAAUGUAGGAAAUUGCUUUUUGAAAAUUUAUUAGAUUCUGAUGAUAUUAGAAGAAAAAGUAGUGAAUUGUUAAUUUCAUAUUUCACUGUUACAUUAGAAGAUAAAGAAUUGAUGAAAAAUUGGUUGAAGCUUGGAUUAAGUCUUUGUAAUGAUCCAGUAUUUUAUAAAAAUGAAAGUGGUUCAAUUAUAAUUUACACAAUAACUAUUCUCAUGUACAAUUCUGGAUUGAAGAUAAAUGUAUUUGACAUAAACUUUCGUAACAUUUCUUCCUAUUUAUUGGAAUUAGCUCAAAAACAAGUAAUCAAAUUAAAACAUAGUUUUGUCGACAAUGUUAUAAAUAGUACUCUUUACGGAUUACUCAACACUAUAAAUAAUUUAACAUUUGAAAAAAAUUGUCCAAAAAUGGAAAAGUUAACCGAAGUUGAAAUUGAAUUACUAUUGAAUUUAAUUGAUAGCAAUCUAAAACUUAUGUUGGAUACUUUAGCUUCUAAAAUGGAGGAAGAAGAAAAAUGUAUUGCCCCUUCCUUUGCACAAAUGGAAAUAGCGUUGAGUAGUCUUUCUGAAUCUAAACAAGACAAUAAACAAACACCAACAAACAUGUUUCUUCUAAAUUUUAUUUGGAUUAACAUUAAAAUAUGUUGUGAUGUUGCUAGUAAAUAUGCGAUUAUGUUGGCUGAUAAAAAUAAUUAUCGAAAUAAUCAUAUCGAAAGAUGUGCUAAUAUGAUAGUUAAUGUAUUAAUAAUGUGUAGACAUAAAGGCGCUAUGGAGGCUACUUGUAGAUCUUUGGGUAUGUUGAUAAAAAAUUGGAAAGAAUCCUCUAGUUGGUGUCACCAUAUGUUAAAUGAUCAUUUAAGUUCCAUGAAACCUGUAGAUGAAAUUUCAAGAAGAUCAGCUGGAGAACGAUAUCUUAUUCAUGCAAUCGUAACAAAUAAAAAGGAAACCAUACCUUAUUGUAUAAACCAAUUAUUUAAUAUAGCUAAAAAGAAUGUGGCAUUAGAUAUUUAUAUGGACACUAUUGUUGAUCUACCUCAAGCUAAAGCAUUACAUCUGCUUACUGCUAUAGUUUCAAAUUCAACAAUUACAUUAGAAUGUUUGUACCCAUUUAUGGAAGAAUUAGUGUUUUUAUGUAUUGAACAACUUGGUUCCCCACUUUGGACUGUCAGAAAUGCUGCUCUUCAAUUCUUUAGCUCACUUCAAGUAAAACUGAUUGGUCAAAACCGCCUAAACAAUGAUUCUUGGCUUUCUCAUUUACCUCUAGAACCUUUGUUGUAUCAAUUUCCGCAGAUGAUGUACCGGUUACAUUUUCUAUUGGCUCAAACAGAUAAAAGUCUAUCAAGUCAAAGUCAACUUAUACCUUUAAUGUCAUUGCUUAAAGGUGUUAAACUACAAUCAUGGUCUUUACUGUCAACUGAACAUAAACAAUUUGUACAAAACCUUCGCCAAAGUUUAAGUACUACUGGAUUUUCAACAGAAAUAUAUACAGUUCGAAAUAUGGCAGCUCAAGCUUAUGUUAACAUAAUACAAAGAGAUGAACAAUUUUCAACACUAAAGUGGGUCGGUAGUGAAAUUAAAAAGGUGUACCAAGAUGUUCAUUCAUCGCAACUUUGUUCAAAUCAAGUUCAUGGAUUUACUUGUUUAUAUAAGUAUCUUAACAACUUAUAUUUCUUGGAAUUUAAUCAAGAGUAUGAUGUUAUUAUUAUUCCCAAUGAUAGUAUGCCACCUUUGUGCAAGUCAAUUUACAUAUCAAUGAAUCGUAAUAUAACUAGCCCUUUUCCUUGUAAAUCGGUUAUUGGUUAUAGCCAGGUAAAAGAUUUAAUGAUUAAAAACGAUAUAUCAAAUUCAUCAGAUGUUAUAAACCUUGUAGAGCAUUAUAUGAAUUCUGAUGAGAAUACAACUAUAAACUUUCUUCAAUGUUUUAUAAACAGCCAAAACACAGACGAAAAAGUUUUAAUAAAACAAUUUAUUCAUUAUCUAGAAUUAAUUAACAAUAACAAAAUUUUUAAAUUGGUUUUCUUAAAUAUUGAUAAUUUAUUAAAUAAAAAUGUUGAAGACUCUUUCAGAAUUGACUUAAAGAAUGCAUAUUUUAUUAAAAUAUUUGAAAAGUGUUUAUCUCAUAAAGAAAAGGAUUUAAAUGUUAUGCUUCCUGUUUUAAGUUGGUUGUGUCCCAUUGAGGUCUGUCCGACAUUGUUACCAUAUGUAUGUAAACACAUUGAUAGCGAUAUUUAUGAUUCAUUUGAUCGUUUUAAUUUUGCACGAUCUCUAUAUUACUUUACAAAUUUUAAAGAUGAUAUUAGAUUAUGGAAAGCUGUUGUAAUAUUGUUACAAGAUGAAGAUUCUAAUGUGCGUACAGAAAUAACAAGAUUUGUUAACCGCUUGUGCUAUAACCAGUCUUAUACACUUAAUCCUUACUUUUGCUUAACAAAAAUGUUUCAACUUUCAACAGUUCAAAUGAUGAUGUGUUUAAAAUCUGCAUUUUUAUGUUUUUGGAACUCUAUGUCCAUAAUUGAGCAGCGAAAAAAUCACGAUGAGACAAUAAAUCCAUUUUUUAACGAUCAAUCAAAUGUGUACCAAGAACAGACACAUAUAAUUAUUCUUGCUUUUGAUGGCCUCAAACAAUUAAUUUAUUCAUUUAACGACAAUGAUUAUUUUAAAGACACAAUUUCAGAACUUUUAAAUAAAUUGAAAUAUGAUUUAGACAAUUUUAAAUGUGUGUUUGUUGACAAUAACCUGAAGAUUCUAGAUACAUUUUGUUUUAUAAAUUUAUUAAAAUUGUAUUAUAAAAAGGAAAUUAUAAAAAUGUUAAACUUAAGUGAUUAUUUAAAC